AUGUUCCCUCACAAGAAUAUUCAUAAACAAACAUGGAUUUCACCAUGUGGAUAUGUAAGAAACCAAAUAGACCACAUAAUAGUUGAUUCACGAAUUAAGUCUUGUGUAAGGGAUGUAAGAAGCAUGAGAGGGAGUAGCGCUAUAUCGGAUCAUUUCCUCGUAAGAGCAAAAAUGGCUAUCAGAAUAUCAACAAAACGGCGAAAAAAACAGAAAUACAAAGAGAAAGUAAAUAGGGAUGCACUGAAAACACCAAUAGCUAAAGUAUAUCAAGAAAAGAUAAUGUUGAAAUUACAGAAUAUACAAGAAAGACCAAAUAUAAGUGAAACAUGGAAAGAAGUAGAACAAAUAGUAAAAACCAUAGCUGAAGAAGUAUUUGGGUACAUACCAGGAAAAACAAGGAAAAUGUGGUUUAAUGAAGAAUGUAAAAGGGCUCUACAUGAAAAAGAUAGAGCUCGCAUGAAAGUGCUACAUGAACCCAAGGAAGAUAACAAAAGAUUGUUAGCACUUAUACAAAGAGACGCAAAAAAGGUGAUUAGAUUGAAUAAGAGACUGUGGGAAAAAAAACGCAUACAAACUAUAGAAAAUGAUAGAAAUAGCCAUUCGAAAAUAUUUUUUUGGGAAAGCAAAUGA